AUGAACAACGCUUCAACGAAAUUCUCCGAUAACUAUGAUGUCAAAGAAGAACUUGGAAAAGGUGCUUUCUCGGUGGUGCGACGCUGUGUCCAUAAAAGCACGUGUGCCGAGUUCGCCGCGAAAAUCAUCAACACGAAAAAGCUGAGUGCUCGUGAUUUUCAGAAAUUGGAACGAGAGGCUCGGAUCUGUCGUAAAUUGCAACAUCCGAACAUUGUCCGCCUUCAUGACAGCAUUCAAGAGGAAUCAUAUCACUAUCUCGUUUUCGAUCUCGUCACUGGCGGCGAAUUAUUCGAGGACAUCGUCGCACGAGAGUUCUAUUCUGAGGCAGACGCCAGUCAUUGCAUCCAGCAAAUUCUCGAAUCGAUCGCCUAUUGUCAUGCGAAUUCGAUCGUGCAUCGUGAUCUCAAGCCGGAGAAUCUGUUGUUGGCGUCAAAGCAGAAAGGAGCCGCCGUGAAGCUCGCUGAUUUUGGCUUAGCCAUUGAAGUGACCGCUGAUCAAGAGGCUUGGUUUGGGUUUGCCGGCACUCCUGGAUAUCUCUCACCUGAAGUGCUCAAAAAGGAUCCAUAUGGGAAACCGGUGGACAUCUGGGCGUGUGGUGUGAUCCUCUACAUUUUGCUGGUCGGUUACCCGCCAUUCUGGGACGAGGAUCAGCACCGAUUGUAUGCACAGAUCAAAGCUGGAGCCUAUGAUUAUCCCUCUCCGGAAUGGGACACGGUGAGACCGGAGGCAAAGCAGUUAAUCGAUCGGAUGCUCACCGUCAAUCCAAAGAAACGAAUCACCGCCGAGGAGGCGUUGAAAGUCCCAUGGAUUUGCAAUCGUGAUCGCGUCGCUUCGGCAAUGCAUCGUCAAGACACGGUCGAUUGCUUGAAGAAAUUCAACGCUCGCCGUAAACUCAAGGCGGCCAUUUCGGCAGUGCACAUGGUGACAAGAAUGGGCGGAUUGCUGAGAACGUCGGAUUCGACUGGGUCGAUGGCUUCCUCGUCGGGAUCCGGCCCUUCCCCGCAGGACACCGUUGUGAUGACCGACGAUGGUCAAGGCACAUCCACGCAGACCCAUCCUGAGGAGGGCGCCAUCCUGACGACGAUGAUCGCCACGCGAAACUUGUCGAGUAAGUUAUCAGCAGCAGCGGCAGCAUCAGCGGCUGAAGGUGGGGAG